UUUUCAUAUACAGUUUGAUUCAUUUAUUUCGUAAAGGCUUUGAACUUUUUGUCCUGAUAUAGUGUGAUCUAUAUAUAAACAUAUAUGGCGGCGAUUUUCAAGAGACCAAGGCCGGGAGGUGGCCGUCAUCCGCCACCGCUGGCUCCGACAGUGAGUAGUUUCAAGCCGAGAGCUCAAUGGACUAACUCCGGAUCUUCCAUUUUCCUCUACGUUAAUCUUCCUGGGUUUUAUAGGGAUCAAAUAGAAAUAAAAAAGGAUGAGAGGACAAGGACUGUCCAGAUUCAAGGCCAGCGACCGCUCUCUGCUCAGACUAAGGCUCGUUUCAGUGAAGCUUACCGUGUCCCUGAUACCUGUGACAUGACCAAAUUGAGCACCUCCUUCUCACAUGGACUCUUGACCAUCGAGUUUCCAGCAAUCGUGGAAGCUAACAAACAGGAGAAAGCAGUCCAAGAUCAGGAGAAGAUUGGACAGAGGUCUAAUCAGGAGAAAAGUGGAGGGCCUGGUCCUAAUGGGAGUACCUUGGGACGAAAGAAAGCUUUGGAGGAGGAGAAACAAGUGGGAACAAGUCAAGAGAAAACCACUCCAACGUUGAAUGAAGAAGCACCCAAAACGUAUAAAUCAGUGGUUGAGGGUAAAAGAGCAGUGCCAACGGGCAGUCAAGAGAAGUCUGAAGCGAAAGUUAAAGCGCGAGAGGCAAUCCCUAGCUUAGGGGGAAGAGAACGUGCGAAAGAAGAGAAGGUGGUUGAGAGAAAGGAGGCUGCUCACAUAGUUCAGCAAAAGAUAGGAGAUAAAUUGAAGGAGGAAGAGGCUAAAAGUACACCAACCCUUGGUGGUAGCUUAAAACCUAAGGUACAGGCAAAAGAAGAGAAAGUAAUUGAGAGAAAGAAAGAUGAUGAUAUAAGUCAGCUUAAGACUGGACAGAAGGUGAAGGAAAAAGAGAUUAGCAGAACGCCGACCAUAGAUGCUAGAGUGGAAUCCAAGGAACAUGCCAAAGUUGUUGAGAAAAAGGAAGAUGGUGAAAUAGGUCAGAAGCUGGAGGGAGGAAGGAUUAACUUGGGACCAAAGAAAGAAGAUAAAUUUACAAAACCAGUUGUUGGUGAUGAGGCAAGAAGAAUAGAGAAGAAUGUUGCUCAGAGAAACCAAGCAGAGCCUAAGCUAAAAACGAAAGAGGGAGAUGAAAGAAUCAAACUGGAUGUUGAUGAUGGCGUGAGAAACAAGCAGGAUGAGAAUAAUGAGAUGGUUGGAGACAUGGUUAGUGAAGGAGAGAUUCAAGACAGAGUGGAGCAGAAGAAGAUAGACGAAGCUGGUUUAGCCAAAGAUAGAGGCGAUCUAAAGGAUAAUGCUGAAGUCGUGGAACCAGAAACCGGUCCAUUACUAGUCAAAGAAGGACAGAAGAAGAGCGACAUGGAUCCUCCUCUUGCAGUAGGAGGAAGAGGAAUGGGUGAAGAAGAGAGUCGGACAUAUGACAUACCUUUGGUGAAUGUUGGUGUAGCUGCUCUUGUGAUUAUGGGGUUUGGUGCUUACGUCUUUGUACCACUAGUAAAAUAUUUCUCCUGA